AUGCCCGAGUCCAUAGUAUCGGACCGAGAUUCGCUUUUUACUUCAGGUUUUUGGCGACAUGUGCUUGAGCUGCUGGGAAGCAAGCUCCACAUGUCAACCGCUGAUCAUCCCCAAACUGAUGGCCAAACAGAAUGUGCCUAUCGAGUUGUGGUAGAUGUGUUGCGAACAGUAGAGACUCCCCAAGAAUGGAUCAAGCAAUUGCCAUUAGUGGAGCUCGCUAUUAAUGACAGUUUUCACGCCAGUACGGGUGAAACACCGUUUUACAUUAACGGACUGCGUCAUCCUCGCACGCCAGUCUCGUUUGUACGCAGCCCGAGUCUUGGUGGGGGAGGGCUCCUCACUUCGCUCGGUACGAAUGCUAAAAAGGGCCAAGGUUUCCCUAGUGAUAUUGCUAGUUUAGCAGUGGUCACGACACCUAUAGGUGUCACAGAGGAGGCACGGCAUGAAAUGCCAGUGCUCCUUGAUGAUGACACUAUAGUGUUAUCAACUGCGUUAACUCGUGAACGACCUCUUGGAGGCGUCAUAGGCGAGCUGGAUGCUAAAAGCGUGAGAGAAGAUCAGCGAUUUGUAGACAAGCGAUAA